CCUCCACCCACUCAGCGCCUCUCCUCUCGCUCCCCUUCGCCACAAAGGCCGGCGGGGCGGAGCUUCGGGCGAAGCAGCGGGCGGGGGACGGACCGGGUACCGGCACUCCCAUUGCGCCCGCGGCGAGACCUGGAGGCACCGCCGAAGGAGCAGGGAUUUAUAAUGAUGAUCAGCCUCUGAAUGAGUAGCUAAAUUAGGAAACUCAACUGAUGCUCAAGGCACUUUGACAUCUUCAGCACAAUUCUCUUAAAACUGAAUGGAACAGAAGAUGAUCUCUGUGUUGUGGCUUGCAUGCUGGAUCUCUUUGGCCUAUUCAUUUCAUAAUAGUUCCCGCUUUGUUGUCCUUGUGCCUGUAGGAGAGGCUGCGGCUAUCAGCUGUCCACUUUCAUCUUCUCAGCAACCUAACAGCAAUGUGACUUGGUACAGAAAUGGUAGUGUCAUACCACUAAUGGCAGAUAGCUACUUGAGGAUACAUCAGCAAAGGAACCUGCUUUGGCUUAUCCCUGCCAAGAUAGAAGAUUCAGGAUUUUAUGAAUGUCACAUUGGAAACUCAGAAAGAACGAGCCAGGAACUGCAGGUUUUUGAGAAUGAUGAUGGUUUAUGUUACAAUAAAAAUGCAGCCUAUCCACAAAAACUACCCUUAGAGAACAAUGGAAAUUUGGUUUGUCCCUAUGUAGAGUACUUUGAAAGUGAAACCAGUCCACGUGUUUUGCAGUGGUCCAAGGCAUGCAGUCCUGGAUUAUUUGAAGACAAGAGAUUUUACGCUUUAGCAUAUAGCCUUUCAAUCAAUAACGUAAAUGAAACAGACGAAGGUAUCUAUGUGUGCCAGACAACAUAUAUGUACAUGGGAAAACAGUAUAAUGUUUCACGAGCCAUUAAUCUGAUUACUUACGACUCUCCAAAGAAAUUACCAGAAAUUAUUUAUCCCAAAAAUAAUUCAAUUGAAGUAGAACUUGGAUCUGAAGUUCUCAUAGAGUGUAACGCCUCUGGAGAAACACAGGAGAUAUUUAUAGCCUGGGAAGUUAAUGGAACAGAUGUUGAAGAUCUUGACAAGAAACUGAAAGUGAAAAUGUAUAGUCAUUUAUCUCUUUCUGGAAAAUGGAUAGUAGGAGCAAAAUUCAAUAUCUCUGUAGUGGAAAAUGAAGAUUACAUGACAUUUCUAUGUUUUGUAUGGACCCCUACGUUUGAAGGAGCGGCCACGUAUAUCAUGCUACAACGUCCAACUAAAAAUAUUCAGGGUUAUUUGAUUGGAGGACUGGCUUCAUCCAUUCUUGUUAUCCUGGCUGCAGUUCUUACUUACAAAAUUUUCAUAGUUGACAUUGUGCUUUGGUAUCGACAGUCUUGUUGGCCUCUCUUCAGGAAAGAAGUUUCAGAUGGAAAGCUUUAUGAUGCAUUUGUGCUAUGCCCCUCAGAUGUAGCAAACUGCAUGUAUUCAUCUGAUAUCUUUGUCCUGAAAGUGCUGCCUGAAGUUCUGGAAAAACAGUGUGGAUAUAAUCUCUUUAUAUGUGGCAGGGAUGAUUUACCAGGGCAAGCUGUGAUCAGUGUUGUCGAUGAAGCUAUCAGAUUAAGUAGAAGAGUGAUCAUUGUGUUAGUACCAGAUUCCUAUUCCAACCAAAUGCAGAGAGGUACUGCUGAACAACAAAUAGCUAUGCACAAUGCUCUUAUUGGGGAUGAAAUUAAAGUCAUAUUGAUUUUGCUGGACAAAAUAAAAGACUAUGCCAACAUGCCGGAAUCUAUAAAGUAUUUGAAACAAAAACAUGGAGUACUUGUAUGGAAAGGAGAUUUUUCAGAGCAAUCUCAGUUAGCAACUACAAAGUUCUGGAAAAAUGUGCGGUAUCAAAUGCCGGUUAGACAAAGUUCACCUUUGUUGGACCAUCACUUGCUCCCAGUGACUCUUACAGCUUCUUGGAUAUCAGAAGGAUGACAAGGCUACUGCUGAACUGCAUUGUCUACCUAUGCCUUUUCUAGUGAAUGGUGCCAAGGUGCUUAUGGGUGUGCUGAAUUAUACCAAUGCAUAUGGCGUCUUUGAGGUUGGAAUUGUCCCCAGUAGUCUGUGUUCAGCCAUGCACCUGAAGUUUUGGACCUACCAUGGGAACUAUCAUGUGGAUGGUUGAGAGGAAAAAGGAAACAGCUGCUGCUUUAUAUAAGAGUAUUACUCUACAGCUAAAAGAAAGAAAUAUGAAGGAACUUUUUCAGCUUAUGUACAUCUUUAAAUGUUUUAACAAGAAAAAAAGACACAAGGGCUUGAAUAAAGCAGUUGCUGUUUGUAGCUGUUUCACUCUUCAUGGCCUUGUUUGUUCAUCCUUUAAAAAUAACAAUUCUGUAUUCUGUGCAUAUUACUGUAGUAUCUCCCAAGGAGAAAUAGAACACUGUAACUUGUUAUCCAGAUGGAUUGCCUAGCCAAAAUGUGAAUGCAAAGCAAUAAGGGUUUGUUUCAUAUUUUUCUGAAAUGUUAAAACUGUAAUUUUUAAUCCUGACCUAAAUUGUGAGACUGAUUCAGACAUUAAUUGGGAUGGGAUUUUUAAAAACUUAAGAAAUCUGCACAGCAUUCAAAUAGUUAAACAUUUAAUUCAGUUAUGGGCACUUUGCAAUGAGCAGUACCUGUACAUGCUUUAUUUUUAUGGCAGAGAUCUGCAAUAAACUCAUUUGUAAGAAUUGUAUACUUUUUAUAAUUAUAUGAUUGCUAUAAAUAGCAUAAUAAAACUGUUCUUAUGAA